UUUCCUCCACAUCCUUGAGGCCACUCUUUCUCCUCAGCAUGUCCCUUCUUGGCAUCCUCUUGCUGGAGAGGUGGAAGCCCAGGUUCCUGUUUGAUUUCUCAGCACAGCCAUCAGAGGAGCCGGGAGGGGAGAGUGAGGGGGUGACUUCAGGGGCACAGCCUCACCUGCUCAGUGUCCCUGAGCUGUGCCACUGUCUGGCAGAGAGCUGGGUCACCUUCAGGCUGUACCUGCAGGAACUGCUACAGUACAAGAGGCAAAAUCCUGCCAAGUUCUGCAUGAGUGUCUGUUCGGGCUGCCUCAUACUGGCUGUAGUUGGACACUAUGUUCCAGGCAUAAUGAUCUCCUACAUCAUUUUGCUCAGCAUUCUGCUGUGGCCUCUGGUGGUCUACCACGAGCUGAUCCAGAGGAUGUACACACGUUUGGAGCCUAUUCUGAUGAAACUGGACUACAGUAUGAAGGCAGAGACACUGCGCCACAAGCAUGAGAAGAAGAAACGACAAGGAAAGAGAGAGGCUUCGGCAGGGGGUGAUGAGCCAACAGCAGAGACAGAGAGCGAGAGUGAGGCAGAGCUCUCAGGAUUCUCCCCAGUGGUGGAUGUGAAAAAGACUGCCCUGGCACUGUCAAUCACAGAUUCUGAGCUCUCUGAUGAAGAGGCUUCCAUCCUGGAGAGUGGGGGCUUUUCUGUCUCAAGGGCUACCACCCCACAACUGACCGACGUUUCUGAAGACCUGGAUCAACAGAGCCUGCACAGCGAGCCGGAGGAGUCGUUUUCCAAGGACCUGGCAGAAUUUCCUUCCGUGGAAGAGUAUCAUUCCAGAGACCUGGGACCACAGAGCGACGAAGAUGCGUUUGGCGUGCCCCUGGGUCCUGAGCUUGCCCACGCUGCCCGUGAGCUGGACUCAGCAGAGAAGGAGGCCGCGGACUCUGACCUCUCCAUCCUUCGCCUAGCAUCUCCUCUCCAUUUUGUAAAUACGCACUUCAACGGGAGCGGACAGGCGGCAGGAGGCGACACGGAGCCAAAGACUGUCCCUGCCCCGGGCCUGGGAAUCUGCAUCGACACACUGAGUGAGGAGAUCGUCACCACUGCCAUCACCACGGUGGUGCAGAACACCCUCUCUGCCCUGCUGCGGUCCUCGGAGGCCAGCGAGGGGCCUUCCCUCUCCGAGUUCCUCCCCACCGAGCCCGAAGAGAAACUGAGCUUCCAAGCGCAGCUGUCAGAGAGCGAAGCGGUGAAAACAGAGACAGCAGCUUCACCGGAGGAUGAGGAGGAAGCAGAUGACUUUGAGCUGCUGGAUCAGGGGGAGCUGGAGCAAAUGGAUGUAGAGCUGGGGCUCGGGGAGGAACAGGAGGUGCAGGAGUCUCCUGCCACUCUGGCUUCCCGCUCCCCGCCCCCCCGCCCCUGCCGAGCUGCCAAAGCGAGGAGAUGAUGAGGAGGCAGCGAUGACGGCAGCAUCUAUGUCUUAGAUCUUCGUGUGCCCCCUUUUCCUCCGUCAUCACUGGAAAGAAGGAAGAACUCACGUGGUGAACUUGCAGUGGGCUUUUAGGUGUCUGUGCUGACUGGGAUGGAAACGCGUCAGUGUUAAUGUGCUGUGUCUGGAAUAACAAAUCCUUUCCAUCCUUCUAGAGCCCGGCCUUCGCUGGCUGAGCGGGAGACGCCCCUGCCUUGCGGCUGGGGGGGGGGCGGAGCCUUACGCCACAAUCGAAACACCAACCCCAGCAAACGCUUCCUAGUAAUGGUGCGGUAUUUUGGUCUGUCUUCUGUUUGUCUUUUCGUUUUGCACGCUGAGUACCGAGCUAGCUGUAGCUGCUGCUAAUACCCACAUCCCCAGUAGGACAUAUGCAAUCUUAUUUUAUUGGGUUUUUAAAUGGCUACAAGUGUAAAU